UUUUCCAUUAAUCACUUCCAUCCAAACAGAACAGAGCAGUUCUAUUCUAUCAGAAAACCAGAAACACUUAUUCGAUUCAAACACAAUCUGCGUGGGAUUUAUGCUCUCUCACUCAAGAUAAGGUGUGACUUCUCUUCUUCUUGCUCCAGUAGGAACAAGAACAACCCCCUUUUUGUGAGUUGUUGAUUGGAUUCGUUAGGAGGGAACUGAGAAAGAUUGAUUUUUUUCAUUGAGUUGCAUGGUCAAACCUAUUUGAUUGAAAUUGAUUUAAAAGGGUAAGGUAUGGAAGGGUUACUGAAUUCUUUGCUUAACCAAAGUUGCUUAAAACCCUUUGGUUUCACUCCAAGACUUGGUUAUACUUUCCCGGUGAUCACAAGAACGGGGAAUUUAAAUCGAAAACCCGAAUCCUGCACCCUGAGAAGUUACUGCACACAAUUAGGUAGAGACAGUACUGGCACUAGCUCCAGAGGGGCUAGUGUUGCUGCAUUGGAUAGUGAUGAUAAAGGAGAGGAAUCUAGUACGGACUGGGAAUUGGAGUUCCUCGGGGAACUUGAUCCGUUUGGUUACCGAGCUCCCAAGAAAAGGGAAAAAGAACAGAGGUCAAAGUUGCUUGAAGCCACUGACGGAAUGGACUGGUGCGUGAGGGCGAGAAAGAAGGCACUUGAAUCAAUUGAAGCGAGGGGCAUGGCUCAUUUGGUGGAAGAUAUGGUUACUGUUAAGAAGAAAAAGAAGAAGGAUAAGAAAAAGUUGGAAAGCAAGAAGAAAGUAGUUAAGAAAAUUGAGAAAAUAGAAGAUCUUGACUUUGUUUUGGAGGAAGACUUGCUACAGCCUAUGAAACCUGAGAUUGAUGUUGGUGAUUUGAAAAGGAGAGUGAGUAUGUUUAAUGAUGGAAUGUUUAUAGAAAAGAAGGAGAAAACAAAGGAAGCAUUUGUCAAUAGGCUUUCUCAGUUCUCUGGACCAUCCGAUCAUAGAAAAGAAAUCAACUUGAACAAAGCAAUUACAGAAGCACGGACUGCAGAUGAUGUGUUAGAGGUUACUUAUGAAACGAUUGUUGCAGUUGCAAAGGGCCUAAGUCCCUCACCUCUAUCCCCAUUGAAUAUCGCCACUGCUCUUCAUCGGAUUGCUAAGAAUAUGGAGAAGGUUUCUAUGAUGAGGACUCGAAGACUGGCGUUUGCUCGCCAAAGAGAGAUGUCUAUGCUUGUGAGCAUUGCGAUGACAGCCUUACCUGAAUGCUCAGCUCAAGGAGUCUCUAACAUAUCUUGGGCUUUGUCCAAAAUUGGAGGCGAGCUGCUUUAUCUUUCAGAAAUGGAUAGAAUUGCCGAGGUUGCGCUGACCAAGGUUGGGGAAUUCAACUCUCAAAACAUUGCUAAUAUUGCAGGUGCUUUUGCCGCAAUGCAGCACUCUGCUCCUGAUCUUUUCUCUGUUUUGUCAGAAAGGGCUUCGGACAUAAUUCACACUUUCCAAGAACAAGAACUUGCUCAGCUAUUGUGGGCUUUUGCUUCUCUAUAUGAGCCUGCUGACCCUAUAUUUGAUUCUUUAGACAUAGUCUUCAAAGAUCAUAGCCAAUUGAGAGGUUGUACAGGUGAAAGGACAUCAAAUAAUCAUGAACAAAUCAGGGUAGAUAGAAGUGGUGCCUCAAAUGGAUCUCCUGUACUAACUUUAACUAGGGAUCAGCUUGGGACUAUAGCUUGGUCCUAUGCCGUCUUUGGACAAAUGGAUAGGAGUUUCUUCUCUCAUGUCUGGAAAACUCUCAGCCAUUAUGAGGAGCGAAGGAUUUCAGAGCUGUAUAGGGAGGAUAUCAUGUUUGCUUCUCAGGUUCAUCUUGUAAACCAGUGCUUGAAGCUUGAAUUCCCACAUCUUCAGUUGUCAUUAUGUGGCGACCUUGAGGACAAAGUUGCUCUUGCCAGAAAGACUAAAAGGUUUAAUCAGAAAAUAACUUCAUCGUUUCAGAAAGAGGUUGGACGCCUUCUCCUUAGCACCGGCCUUGAAUGGGUCAAAGAAUAUGUUGUGGAUGGUUACACUUUGGAUGCUGUGAUUGUUGAUAAGAAGCUUGCUCUGGAGAUUGAUGGUCCAACUCAUUUCUCAAGAAAUACUGGUGUACCGUUAGGACAUACCAUGUUAAAACGCCGUUACAUCACUGCUGCUGGUUGGAAAGUCGCAUCAGUAUCCUCUCAGGAGUGGGAGGAACUUCAAGGAGCAUUCGAACAAGUAGAGUAUCUUAGGAACCUUCUCAAAAAUCAUCUAGAGGAAGGAUAUGCCAAAACUACAUUUGACUGAGGUAAAGUGAUAAUCCAAUGCUGCUUGUCAAGCAUAAGGAGAUAUCAGAUAUGUACUUUUUUAUUGAGCUCCCUUGAGAAAUUUUGGUAAAGGGGAUGUAUAUUUCUUAGAAAUGUUACAUUUUAAAAGAAUAUAAAUACCAUUUCUCCCCUGUUUUGGAGUAAAGUAUCACUUUAGUCCCUAAA